ACUGGACCCAGCCCAGAUGUACCGCGCUUCUCUUCAACGGUGGGGUUGGCGGAGUAGACUGGCCGUUUGGUUACAUGGAUAACUCUAUUCCGGACACGAAUAACGCACCCAGAGCUGGGAAAGAAUCACUAUCAAUGGAGGAUCACAGGAGUUGGAAAGAAGUUCAGGAUUCUCUCAAGAACAAACUAAUUGCAGAAGAUGAUUUCUCAUGGAAAAUACCGAUGUCUGGACCCAGAAGAAGCUUAAGCAUGGAAGAAGAAGAAGAGGUUGAGCUUGGAGAGGUUUUGGAGUAUGUGGGUGGGGUUGAUAUAAGCUUUUCUAAGAAGGAUUCAUCUGUAGCUUGUGGCAUCCUUGUAGUUUUAGACCUCCAUAGCCUUGAAGUAGUCUAUGAAGAUUUCUCAGUUGUUACCCUCCAUGUCCCUUAUGUUCCUGGCUUCCUUGCUUUCAGAGAGGCCCCAGUGCUUCUCCAGCUUUUGGAGAAAAUGAAAAACUGUGCAAAUCCUUUCUAUCCACAGUUGCUAAUGGUAGAUGGAAAUGGAGUACUGCAUCCUCGAGGUUUUGGCUUAGCUUGUCAUUUAGGCGUGGUGGCUAAUAUUCCUACUAUUGGUGUGGGAAAGAAUCUGCAUCAUGUGGAUGGCCUUACACUGUCAGGAGUGAAGGAACUUCUCAAAGCAAGAAAAAAUAGUUGCGGAGAUUUCAUUAAUUUGAUAGGAGACUCUGGACAUGUAUGGGGAGUGGCAAUUAGAUCGACAGAAAAUUUGUUGAAGCCUAUAUUUAUAUCAAUUGGUCACCGUAUAUCACUUGAAGCUGCCAUCAAAAUAGUAAAAAUGACUUGCAAGUAUCGUGUGCCAGAGCCUAUCCGCCAGGCUGAUAUAAGAUCAAGAGACUAUCUUCGAAAACAUGAGCUAUGAAUUGUUCUUGGAUUGGAUGAUAAAAUUCCGCGAGCCUGGUAGACUUACUCUCUUCUUUCUGUUUGAUAUGUACAAGUUACUAUAUUUGUGCAAUGGCUUGACAAAAUAAAACCACGAAAACAAAUAAAAGUAUAAAAAUGAAAGUCUCGGAGAAUUAAUAUAGCAAUCUCACUCACUCUGUUGUUCCUUCCUUUUAGAAAUUAGUGAGAGAUCCUUGUAUAUUAUAUUUUAGUUUUCAUAAUAUGAGUAUUGAGUUGUAUCUGUAAUGUAAUAUCUGUUGUCUUAUAGAAAAAAACAUCUAUAUGUUUUAGAAUUUGAA